CAACUGGCGACGUCAAAUCAUUUCAUUUGAAACUGUCGUCUAUGUUAUGAGUGUAGUGUGAUAAAUACAUUAGCUCGGGUCACUGAUCAUAUUUCAUUGCGUUUGCGUUUGUAUAAUUGAUAACGUACGCAGAAACGUAACGUUAGUAAAACCUAAUUUUCGCUUUCCGUUAGUGAGAGUAUUAAGUUAUUGUUGAUUACUAAUGAAUAACGUUUUAAAAUGUUUAACAACACGAGUGCAACGUUGAUGCUUCAAACAAUUAUGAUUUUGAUGGACAAACAAAAUACAACGGAUGUAACGAAAUUUCCAAGUACAUUUAGUGAAGAUGCCGAGCUGGAACGAUGCUAUGGUAACUACGGGUGUUUCUCAAAAGCGUACCCUUGGACGGAGAAUCGGCCCGACAACUACUUCCCAGCAACUCCCGAGUCUAUGGGUGUGCGAUAUUUUGUUUUUACAAGAAGAAAUCGCAAGUUACCGGUGCUAUUAUUAGCGGAUGAUUUGGACAGAUUACGAAAUGCUAAUAUUAAUCCUAGAGGUCCUUUUUACAUAAUAUCUCACGGAUUUAUAGAAGGUGGUCAUAAAGUCUGGAUUGAGAAUAUGGCUAACGCUCUGCUGAAUUUGGAACACAACGAUCACGCAACUGUAAUUAUAUUGGAUUGGCGAGGAGGUUCCCAGCCACCAUAUGGACAAGCAGUAGCUAAUAUCAGACUAGUAGGAGUCAUAACCGCUCAUCUCAUUCACAAUAUUUAUGAAGUUCUUGGUUUAUCGAAUUUGGACAACUUUCACUUCAUCGGACAUUCAUUGGGUGCACAUUUGGGUGGUUACUGUGGUCAUGCUUUGCAAAAGAAAUUUAACUUAAAAUUAGGAAGAAUAACAGGCUUAGACCCAGCGGCACCGUAUUUCAGCAAAACUGUUACUUUGGUACGUCUGGACAGGUCAGACGCUAAAUACGUAGACAUUAUUCAUAGCAACGCGAUUCCACUAUAUCUUUCAGGUUUCGGUAUAAGCGAGCCAAUUGGUCACGUGGACUUCUAUCCUAAUGGUGGCACUACACAGCCCAAUUGCAAAUCUGGGAAACCAAGACGUGAUGGCGGCGAUGAAAUGUAUCAAAACGUAAUUUGGUACGUUUCGUGUAAUCACGAGAGAAGCCAUGAUUAUUUCACUGAAACUAUUUCGCCGUCUUGUCCUUUCCUCGGCAUACAAUGCGACUCUUACGAAUCAUUCCUUGGUGGCAACUGCACUAAUUGUGACAAUAAGCACUUAUGUAUACCUAUGGGAUAUCACUCGUAUAACGUGUACAAACGGUUACAAGUUGGCGGUCUUGUCGACUCUAACUCUAAUAUACCCUUAUACUUAAUGACUGGAGGCACGAAACCAUUCUGCAGAAUUCACUAUGAGGUUACGCUAAAAGUAUCAAGUUCUAAUGAGAGCAACACUCAUGGACCGGAAUCUGGAAAAUUAUCAAUAACUCUCAUUGACAGAAACAACAAUAAAAGUGAACACAAGUUUUUGGAUGAUGAACAGAAAUACUAUAAGCCAGGAGACUUGGAGACUAGAAUGGUUGCAAUUAAAGAUACUGGCUAUCCACCAGUUUCUGUAAUUGUUGAAUGGAAAUAUGAGACCAACCUGUUCAACCCAAUGACAUGGAGAUUACUGAAGUCACCCAGUAUUUAUAUAGAGUACUUGAAGAUUUCCUCUUUAGAGUAUGGUACAGACAUUACUGUUUGCCCAAAAAUGAACAAGCCUGUCGUCGCUAAAUUACCAACGGUGAUGAAACCAAAGUAUUGUAAAUUUAAUAAAUAAUUUUACUAUGAAGAAAUGAUGAGCAAGUAAUCUGUAAAAAUGCAAGAAGACGAAUUUUCUUCUGCUGUGUAACGUAUGUGUAAAUUCGGACAAAGCACUUAAUGCAAUGCAUAUACUCACAAAAAGUAUUCUAAUAGUAUUUUAAUAUAAUUUUAGAUAUGAGUAUUAUGUUAAAUGGUAUACUAUGUAAUUAUAUUGUACACAUCAUUUAGUUAAUUGGAUAUUUAUAAGCUUACAAUCUAAAUACUUAUAAAUUUAAGUUUUUAUUAUAUACUUUU